AUGAUUCAGUGGCCCACCUGGGAACUCGGCGAGAUGGAGGGCAAGUUGUGCAUCACGUGCAUGGUCGGCCGCGUCGACGCUAUCGUCGUCAUCCGUCUUGACUUCGCGUGCCGCACCACCUGCGGCGCCGCCUCGUGGACUCUGGCUGGACACAUCGAGGGCCGCAGCCUCAGGAGAUGCCAGGACAACAAGCUGCUCCGCCUCGUCGGUGUCUGCACUGCCUCCGGCAAGCGCCUCCUCGUGAUGUUGCUGGUGAUACGGCCACCCGACGCGACGUUCGACUUCAUGGAGGGCUUCGCGUUCGUGAACUGCCGUUGA